AUGAGGCGCUCUUUACAACGUGCUACACGCGGAUGGCUGGUCUUACCCCUCAGCAGACACCCCUCUCGCUUGCGAUCCUAUCCCUUCCUCUUGCAACAACCAGCCAACAGCGCGCAAGGAGUCAAAUCACCAAAGGGCGACAAUCGUGAUGAAGAACGAAGCAAGUUUGCUCGAAGUGUCCUUGAGGGAAGCACCGUUGCUCUGAUAUCGUUAUUUGGUCUAGGCUUAGGCGGCUACGCAUACAGCCUGUUCUACAAGAGAACAGUAGCGAAAAAAAUUGAGAAUGCCUUUGAUCCAGGGUACAGCUCGCAAGAGCGAGUUGCUCUCGGUCGCGUUGCAUACGGCACUGAACCAGAAAAAACACAAGAGAUUGUGGAGCGAGAAUACUGGGUCCCAAGAGCCGAACAGCCGGACAUUGACAACAUCGUAAAUGGGAAAGCAAGAGGGAAAUACUACCUCGUCAUUGGCGAAAGAGGUACCGGAAAGAGAGCAUUGCUUUUGGAAGCUAUGAGAAAGGUUAAUGGCGAUGGCAUUGCUAUGCUAGAAGCUCAUAAUGAUUUGGAAGUAUUUCGCCUACGCCUUGGUAAAGCCAUCGACUACGAGUUUCAUGAAGAUUAUAUUGGUGGCUUGUUCAGCAUUAGAGGCCCAAGAGACAGUUCGCCCUUGUUGGAUAUUGAGAGAGCACUCAACCAGUUGGAGAAGGUAGCCUGGUCCAUGCGGAAACGGCGUGGAAAGCCUCUGAUCAUGAUUAUCAACAACAUCCACUUGUUCAAGGACGAUGAGCCAGGCAAGCAUCUGUUGGAGAUUCUCCAGCAACGAGCCGAGAUUUGGGCGGGUAAUGAGCUUGUCACAACGGUCUUUACGUCGGAUGAGUUUUGGACGCUUGAACGGCUGACACCGCACGCGACCAACAUGGGAGUUAUGAGUAUCAGAGAUGUGCACAGGGACACCGUCACCAAAGCACUCAGGCAAUACAGAGCACGAUAUCACAACGAGGAUACGCCAAAAAGCGUUCUUGAUGAAGUUUUUGCCCAGGUUGGUGGUCGUCUCAUCUUUUUGAAUCAGGUUGCAAAAUCACAAAACAUGCUGGAAACUUGUCGCCAAAUCAACCGGAGAGAAAAGUCAUGGUUCCUCAACAAUUGCUGGAUUCUGGGCGACUCCAUGGACGACGAUGUCGAGGAACAACAAAAAUACUGUGCCGCAGCCAUCGUCUUGGCGCGCGCUCUAGUUCUCCGCGAACAAGACUCUGACGGAGAGGAAUUCACGCUCCCCGAGAUACCCCUACACGAAGCACGACAAAUCAUUACACGAGCAGACUUUGUACACCCUUUUGACCACAUCAACGUCGUUCACAUCGAUGCGCACGGCAUGGUGCGCGCAGAUUCAGUCCCCAUGCAAAACGCCUUUCGAGACGUCGUCAAGCAGCCUGGUUUCGAAGAGCAUUUGAAAGCAACGCUUAAUCGGUUGGAUGAGUUGGAGAGUUUAGCACGAACAAGAGAAGUUGCGGUGAGAAAGCUGCCUGAUCGGAGCGGAGGCAUUGUUCCUGUACAAACAUAUUGUGCAAAGCUUUGA